GGAGCAAUCCAACAAAAAUUCGAAAAGUUGGCUCAACAGUGGAGGUGCCUGAAAAGAACGCAGUCGAGUGUUUAAACACUCGUAUUCCUAUUCUAGUCGAGUACACCAUCGCUUUCUUCUGCUCCUUUUAGCUCAACAGGAGCUUCUGCUAGAUCCCCACUUGAAAGAGUUGGAGUCAAUAAUCUAGAAAGAGGUCAAAUGGGUCGUGGAGUCAGCAGCGGCGGGGGCCAGAGUUCAUUGAAUUACUUGUUCGGAAGUGGAGAGGCUCCAAAGCCAUCCACAAAAGAUGCAGAGGCUUCUCUGAAUGAUGCACAGGCUGAGACUCAUUCACCCAAACCUAGUACUCCUCCCAAAUCUGUUGAUGUUAGCAAGCAAAUUCCUGCAGGCAUAAAUAGUACUGCUACAAGUGGUCAGAACACAGGCAAUUUCCUCACGGAUCGACCAUCAACUAAGGUCCACUCAGCGCCCGGUGGUGGUUCUUCCCUUGGUUAUCUGUUUGGUGGGAACGACAAGUAACUCCACCCAAGGAUGUGUUAUUUUGUAAACAAUGGAGUGGUAAAUUGCUUGACGUCAUAUAUAAAUGGCUGAGGAAAUUGCAGCCCAGUGUGUAUUUGGUUAUUGGUGUGUUUAACAGUUUGUCUAUCUGAAUUCUAAAGAACGAUGCAAUUCUGUGGUUCAUGUUCUUCCUGUGUGAGACAAUAGAAAUUUGUUGUGAACCGGGAUGUAAUUUAUUACUUGGUGAUUUGUACUCA